UCUCUUCCUCUUUCGACGAAGUACCGUUCUUGAUCUCCGUCAGUCCACCUUCUUCCUUUCUAUCAAUCUCUGAAACUCGACGAAGCUGCGCGUCCGUGUUUUUCUUCUAGAUGUCAUAUUCGAGAGAAGGAAGGUCCCCGUCUCCCUCCCGCUCCAGAUCUCCCCCUAAGGGUCGCAGGGCAAGAUCACUGUCAAGGUCGAGGGAAAGGAGUCGCUCAAGGAGCCGAGAUUCUGAAGGUGCAGGCAAUCCUGGAAACAACUUGUACGUAACGGGCUUAUCAACAAGGGUCACUACCAGUGAUCUUGAGAAAUAUUUUAACCGUGAAGGAAAGGUUCUGGAAUGCCAUCUGGUUUCUGAUCCUCGUACAAGGGAAUCUCGGGGAUUUGCGUUUGUUACAAUGGAAACCGUUGAAGAUGCAGACCGCUGUAUCAAAUAUCUAAACCGGUCUGUGCUUGAAGGUCGACUAAUCACUGUCCAAAAGGCAAAAAGGAAGCGUGGGAGGACACCGACACCGGGCCGAUACCAUGGUUUGAAGGACAGAAGAGGACAUGGUCGCAGACGGUCUCGUAGCUAUUCUCCACGUAGACGCCAAGAAAGAGAUCAUUGGAGGGAUCGUAGAGAAAGAUCUCGCUCUCCAUAUGGGAGGAGGGUUGACGAGUAUGACUCACACAAGAGGCGUAGGGACCAUUCCUUGUCAGGUGGUAGUGAGGGCAAUCCUAGAGCAGGUUAAUCCAAUUCUCGAGUUUAACACUCGAGAGCACCCAUUUCUAUUCAUGUUUUUAACAUUUGGAGUGGAUAUGGUUGCAAGUCUGAAUUUCUAUACUAUCUGUAUUCUUAUUUACCUCUAGCCUUUGUUUGUUUCGAUGUAAAAGUGGGAAAAGAAAAUGUUCCUGUAAAAUAGUAUUUUCCACUGU